UGAGAGCUUAUAUUGUCAGAUAAUAUAUAUUAGCCGUAGAAGUUGAAAAAAAAAAACUAUUGCCAAUUUAGAAGUUUUUAGGCAAGUUUGUAUUGAGUGAUAUUGCCACCUCAUGUACAUUUUCUCAGAGAAAGACAAACGAGGCCUACUGGUUGGGUGACCAGUUCUACAAGGAUGCCAUUGAGCAGUGCCGCAGCUACAAUGCCCGCCUGUGUGCUGAGCGCAGCGUGCGCCUGCCCUUCCUGGACUCCCAGACCGGCGUGGCACAGAACAACUGCUACAUCUGGAUGGAGCGCCACCACCGCAGCCCUGGGGUUGCUGCAGGUCAGAUGUAUACAUACCCCGCCCGCUGCUGGAGGAAGAAGAGGCGGCUGCACACCUCCAUGGACCCUCCGCUACGCCUCUGUGGCCUCCAGAUAGAUGGAGGACUCACAGGCAAGGAUGUGAUUCCCACACAGGGCACCACGCUGGAGGCUCUUCUCAGAGGGGAGGGCUUAGACCAGAGGAACAACUCAAAGGACGAGGAGAGUCUCCUAGAGAUCCAGAGGGUCUUGGAGGCUGACGCAGCUGAAGAUGCUUACCAUGACGAUGAGGACUAUGACGUGGACACCCCCAAAAAAAGACACAGAGGAAAAAGCAGGGGUCGUAUUUCAGGCCGCAGGAGGACAGACAUGGAUGACCAGGACAAGCCAUAUAGCUGUGACCUCUGCGGGAAGCGUUACAUGCACCGUACAGGGCUGAGUUACCACUACACCCAUUCCCACCUGGCAGAGGAGAGGGGGUCCGAGUCCUCCCGGUCACCCUCCGCACAGCGCUCUGACCGACACAAACGUCAGAAGGGUCCAGGUAGUACUGCCAUUACCAAUAACUACUGUGACUCAUGCCGGUGCACCCCAGGCUCCAACAAGCAGAGGGGUAAAUCUGGGGAGAGGGGUCCCUGCUCAGUCUGCCGGCGCUCCACUGGCCGCCCAGAAGAGAAGGAGGACAGCAGGCCGUUUGCUGGGGCAGAGGAACUGUUUGGCACCACCUCGGAGAGUGACACGUCCACGUUUCACGGCUUUGAGGACGAUGAGCUUGAAGAGCCCUCGUCAAACGGCAAGGGGACGCCCAACCGAUACAGAUAGAGAAGAACUUUCUAGGUUUAAAGACUAUUUUUAAUAUGGAUAACCUCUGGCAAAAGUCUGCUGCUUCUUUUUAAAUGUUUUUAUUUAAAGUGAUUAUUUCAGGAGAGAAAUGCAAGAAGUGUUAUUUUGUUAUCUACUGAACCUUGUUUAAUAAUUUAUGAAUGUGUUUUUUUACAUUAACUUUGAAUGCAACUGAAGGUGUCUCUAGACAAAUGACUUGCUCCCUAUGUGAAAUGGAAAGAAUUUCUUGGAUUAUUUUUCCACUGGAGCGGAAAAGGCAAAUAUGUUAUGAAAAAACACUGGAACAUGUGGAUAUAAUUAUGCUCUUUUUGGGAUGAUUUGCCAGAGAAAAUAAAAUCCAAUAAUUUAUCUGAAAUUGAGUUAAAUGACAAUGUCUGGAUGAAGAAUGAAUGUCAACACAAACCCUUCCCUCAACUUGUUGAUGUCACUAGAAUCACCCAUGCCGUUUGGAAAGACUUCCACUGCUUCACCCUCUGGAUUAUAAUAAUGUGAAACUGGAGUGGCGUGAAGCAAAGGAUUGAUGUGUGAAUUAAACAGAGGGUUAGACCAGAAGCAGGGCAUGGCUAGCUGAAAGGUAAGCACCUAGGUCCUAUUCAAACACAGUACAGUACUUUCUCAUUUAAACACAAGGUGUAUUCUUAUUCCAUCAGUUCAUGCCUUGCAUUUGCCAUCAACAAAGAUAAAAACAACUGUUGGUUUUCUCUUUUUGAAGCAAUUUCCCCCCUGAGAAUGUAUUGUUUUUCUCCUGUGUUUUCGUCCUCUACGGCUGUGGCCACCAUGCCCAGCCGGCGGGAUCCAAUGUGACACUGAGACGUCAUUAACUUCAUCACUGUGCCAGCCUGCGACCCAGGCAAGAAACCAGCUCUGACAGCCAUGAUGACCCAGUGACCUCACUGGAACCACCCUGAACUUUAACCUCUGCCCCUGUCAUAGCGGCGGUGCUGGACUUCCUCUGUCACUUGUACAACAAAACCUCUGGACUACUUAGACAUUCUCUUACUCUUUUUAAUGUCACUUGAGCGGGCCAAACAAAUCAAGAGCUUUCUUGAAUCCCUUUCAUCCUGAAGUUAGAAUCGUGCUAUGUUCCUUUGUUUUGAACACGAUAUUGACAGUUUGGGUUGUUAGUGUCAUUUUGGUGAGAGGUGGAUAUUUUAUUAUUCAGUUUGUUCUGGCUUUGUUUAUACCUCUGUCUUUCUACAAUACCUACUUCUACUCAGGCGUAUGAUUUGUACUGCUGUUGAUUGUUCUCUCUGCGUCAUGAUGCAUUCAUUGUCUGCCACUGUCCCCUGCCUGCCUUUAUGUGAUUGUAUCCCUAUGGUUUAGUCAUCACAAUAACACGUUUAGUGAUCCCAGCUUUAACAAAUCACAGUAUUCUGAACUGUGCCCAACAAAGUUCAUGGGCACAUUACUCCAUAUUUUCUCCUUCCUCUGACUCACUUGUCAAAUGCUUUUGUCCAGAAUCACUUACAAGGCAUGUGUGCAUAAUGCAAGGAUAGUUGCUUACAAUUGCAGAAGGAGUCUUUUAAGCUGUAAAACAAUGUUUUUUUUAAACAUUUAGCUUAAGUGCUAUAUAGCUGCGUUUACACGGGCAGCCCAAUUCAGAUCUUUCUUUGACCAAUCGCAUCAGAUCAUUUCCUAUCAGAUAUUUUGUGUCUUAAAUGUUGACUAGACACUCACUCACAUAAACAUUCUUAACACUGAAUUCCCUCAGGGACCCUUUCAUCCAGUUUUUAGGACUUCUAAUGGAGAAUUAUUUUGGUAUCAACAACAACCUCCCCAUCAAUUACUGUGUUUCCAUGGUAUCCUCAAAGGUCUUAAGUUAGUCAUAUUAAAUGACAACCUGGUUGCUAUUAUGGUCAUUGUUUUUCUCUCACUGGUGACGUCCUCGAACAAACAGCAUGAUACAGUAUACUUCCAACCAACACUUCAUGGAAGUCAGUGAUGUCUGUCUGUAUAGAAACAAGUGUCAUCACCACCAAUCAUGUACUAGUGCAUAGCUUGUAUACCUCAUCAAAGAGUCAGAAACAGCAAUAACCCCAGAGCUCUUAGCAAGCCUUCCUGAGUUAGAAGGAAGCACAGGGGUCGGAAUAGAGCCAAGAGAUGAAAUGGACUUGACCAGUCAUUUUAUCUUCAACUGUAAAUAACUCAAAUCGAGAGAAUUUAAGUCUUUGUUAAACUAUUUUUAUUGUAUUGAAAGAAAAUAAAGAAUGAGACUCUGCCCUCUCUGGAUAUUUGGGGAUGUUUUUCUGCGGUCCUAUGUAACACUAUUGUAGUAAUUACAAUGUUACCACAUACUGUAAAUGAGAGGUCACCAUGUAGACAGAGGUCCAAAGGUUUUAUUAUUUGGUGCCCACAAGAUAUCAGGUGCAUGGGUAUUUUACAUUUAUAAUAGUCAUCUUGCUGUUUGAGAAACUAGAAGCACAAAUUCCCUGGAUAUGUUACAUGCAUAGUAAUGUGCCCAUACCAUAACAUGUGCUUUUAGAUAAUGGAAAUCUAUAGAGUCGAUUUAUAUACAAUGCACUCUGUACACUAUUGUGUUUGUGCCGACAAUAUUUUUAAACACUGACUCAAUACAUGAAGCAUCUCUACCUUACACUCAAGAGGUUAUCAGUUUAUGAUAAUCAUAUAUAUUAACCAGUACAGUGUAUUGCAGCAACUCUAAUUGAAGCAAUUAUUGAAAUAAUUAUCUCAGUAUUUCAAGAACUUGGGACUAUAACGUUCUAUCUGAAAAAAAGAUGAUUCUGAUAUAAUUGGCUUUAAAGUUCCGAACCCUUUGGUCUCAGCAAUUUUUUAUUUUUAACUUCACAUGAAUUGUGGUAUUUAGAUCACUAUAUAGAUAGAGAACACUGAACAGAACUGUCAAUAACUGAAUUUUGACAAUGCAGAUUGAACAUUAUAGUACCUAGCUCUCGGUUUGUCUUUCAUAAUAUUGUCUCUGGCAUAACUGUGUAUGCAACCAAUAAACUUUGAUCUGAGUUGA